GCUUCCAGGUCUCUGCUCCCGCGCGCCAGGCGGCGCUCCACCUCCGCGGCAUCGCCCGUGACAGCGCCCUGUGGAUCUUCCGCAGUUCCGCGUCCCAGAUUCGGUGCCCCGAACCCGUGCAGACGUGGUCUGUGGGGCCCAGGCCCGCUGGCCCCUGCGGCUCCCGAAGCCGAAGAACUUCUUCAAGGAGCCCAGAAUCCGCGAUCCAGCCCGGUCCACCCUUCAGCAGCGACACUCGCAGCCUCCGACCUCUCAGACCUACUGACCUCUCAGACCCAGUGAGCCUCGCAAAGCCGUUAGGCGCGCGCCUGCACCGCGGGGGCCACGCGACUCCCGGAAGCCGCUCCCAGGCGGCGUCCGCCGACAGGUGGGGCUGCAGCCCGGGGCAGGCGCCGCUGGGCUCGCGGGUUCUCCUGGCGGGCCCGGGCAGCCCCAGGACCCCAGGCGGAAAAUCACAGGCGCGCAGCCCGCCCUGCCUGAGGAGGGGGGCCAGUCUGGCCACGCGCCCACCCCGCUCAUCGUCCGCAGGAAGAUCUGGGGCUGGCACGGGCACCCCGCGGCCACCAGACUGGCUUCACGGAUGGCCUGGCUUCAGCGCUGAGGCUCUGGCCCUGGGGGCUGCCUGGCUGGUGUCAGGCAGCGGGAGAGGCAUGGACAGUCUGGGGUUGCCCGUUCCCCACCCACCCCACCGCUUCCCGUGCCGGACUGGCAGUUUGCAGCUACCUCUGGCACUGGCGCGCCGGGAUGAGGCCAGGCUUCCCCUUGAAUGA